CUCAACUCCGGGAGUGGUAAAACCAGUUACAACUUACGAGUUACGACAUCCAUUUACUCCCGCGCAGGGUAAGAGAAAAAGAGGAAUUAGGGUUUUUGUCGAUAUAAUUUGUCCCAUCUAAAUUGAUUUGAAAUUGGUUGAUUCAAAAACUGGAAUUUAUUAAUUGAUCAAUUUUCGUAUAAAUGGAAGAAGAAGAAGACGCGAUUUUGCUCAACAGUUUAGGGGUUACCUCAGCAAAUCCCGAUGACAUUGAAAGAGACAUCUUAAACAAGGCUACAACUAAUGUUGAAAGCAGUUCUCAGGCUGGGAGGCGAACAACGGAAGCAGAUGAUUUCACCGAUACCACGGAAGAUCAAGAUUCGUCUUCCAGCCAAGUGGAACUGUUGAAGAAAUUAAGGGCCAUAGAGGUUGAAAUACAUGCUGUGGCUUCUGCUGUUGAGCAAACGAAAAGCGGGGGAAAGAAUGAAGAGCUUGACUCUGAGAGUCAUGGUAAAAAGGAAGAGGAUGAUGAGGGAAUUGACAAGGCCAUACCUCGUGAUUCUGCCCUUCAGCAUGCUUUGGCUGCUGAUCGACUGAGAAGCCUGAAAAAGACGAGGGCUGAACUUCGUAAAGAGCUAUCAAGUAUAUGUCAAGAUGGAAAAACGGUUGGGGUUGAGGAAAAGUUGUUGAAGUAUUUGGUCAGGGAAGAGUCCAAGUCAAAGCGGAAGUUGAAAGAGGUACAGGGUCCGAGCAAAGAGUCCAAAAAGAAGAAGGCUGUCUCAUACCAAGAGGAUGAUGAAUUUGAUGCUGUUCUAAAUGCCGCAUCUGGAGGUUUUGUUGAAACGGAAAGGGAUGAACUCGUGCGAAAAGGACUUUUUACACCUUUUCAUAAGCUGAAGGGCUUCGAGCGCCGCAUACAGCAACCAGAGACAUCAAGCCUACAGCAGAAUGGGAAUGACAUAGCUGAUCGUGCUUCUCAGAGUGUUGCCAAAGCGGUAAGGUCACUAACAGAGGCUGCACAAGCUCGUCCAACAUCUAAGCUGCUUGAUCCAAAAGAUUUGCCGAGACUUGAUGCACCAUCUUUCGCUUUUAAUAGACUAAGCAAGUCUUUUAAAGUUUCUAAAAGUUUAGACGAUGGAGAGAAGAGUAAUGAUGCAAAAAGGAAAAAGAGGAGGCCUUUGCCUGGUGAGAGAUGGCGAAAACGCAUUGCUAAGGAGGAGAUUGAGGUAGAGGAACCUGAUGUACAAGAUGACUUAAUUACAGGAACCCAGGAUGCUGAUAAUGAAGAUGGUGAUGUGACUCCUUCCGUAACCCUUGAAGGUGGGUUAAAGAUCCCUGAAACAAUUUUUGAUAAGCUGUUUGAUUAUCAGAAGGUUGGGGUUCAAUGGCUGUGGGAGCUGCAUUGCCAAAGAGCUGGAGGAAUUAUCGGAGAUGAGAUGGGUCUUGGCAAGACCAUUCAGGUGCUUGCAUUUCUUGGGUCAUUGCAUUUUAGUAAAAUGUACAAACCUAGCAUUAUUGUCUGCCCUGUCACACUGUUAAGGCAAUGGAAGAGGGAAGCCAGGAAAUGGUACCGUAGCUUUCAUGUAGAGAUACUUCAUGAUUCCGCUGUUGAUGGUGGUCGAAAACAAAAGCAAUCUGAAUCUGAUGAGAGUGAGAAUGAAAGUGAAGGGUCAUCUGAAAGUGAUCAGGAUAGAGUUCCUCCUUCAAAAAGUGCAAAGAAGUGGGAUUCCGUGAUAAAACGGGUUUUGAGAUCGGAGUCUGGAUUGCUUAUUACAACGUACGAACAACUUCGUAUACUCGGGGAGAAACUACUGGACAUUGAAUGGGGUUAUGCUGUACUUGAUGAAGGCCACCGUAUCAGGAACCCAAAUGCAGAAGUUACUAUUGUGUGCAAGCAGCUGCAGACAGUUCAUCGUAUCAUAAUGACCGGUGCACCAAUCCAGAACAAACUGUCUGAAUUGUGGUCUUUGUUUGAUUUUGUUUUCCCUGGAAAGUUAGGAGUCCUACCUGUGUUUGAAGCGGAAUUUGCUGUGCCCAUACAGGUUGGGGGUUAUGCUAAUGCAUCUCCAUUGCAAGUCUCCACAGCUUACAGGUGUGCAGUUGUCUUGCGUGAUCUAAUCAUGCCUUACCUAUUGCGUCGUAUGAAGGCUGAUGUGAAUGCUCAUCUUCCAAAGAAGACUGAGCAUGUUCUUUUCUGCAGUUUGACUCCUCUGCAGCGAUCUGUUUAUAGAGCUUUCCUAGCUAGCUCUGAGGUGGAGCAGAUUUUUGACGGGAAUAGAAAUUCUCUCUAUGGUAUUGAUGUGAUGCGUAAGAUAUGCAACCAUCCUGAUCUACUUGAAAGAGAACACGCUUCACAAAAUCCAGACUACGGGAAUCUUGAACGCAGUGGUAAAAUGAAAGUUGUUGCUCAAGUACUGAAAAUGUGGAAAGAACAGGGUCAUCGUGUUCUUCUUUUUGCACAAACUCAGCAGAUGCUUGAUAUACUUGAGAAUUUUCUGAUUAGUAAUGAGUAUAGCUACAGGAGAAUGGAUGGUCUUACAGCAGUUAAACAGAGGAUGGCAUUGAUUGAUGAAUUUAAUAAUUCAAAUGAUGUAUUCAUAUUCAUACUCACAACCAAAGUUGGUGGUUUAGGGACAAAUCUAACUGGGGCAAACAGGGUGAUUAUUUUUGAUCCAGAUUGGAAUCCAUCAACAGAUAUGCAGGCCAGGGAACGUGCUUGGCGUGUUGGUCAAACAAAAGACGUAACAAUUUUUAGAUUAAUCACACGUGGAACUAUAGAAGAGAAAGUGUAUCAUAGACAGAUAUACAAGCAUUUUUUGACCAAUAAGAUUUUGAAGAACCCGCAGCAGCGAAGGUUCUUUAAAGCAAGAGAUUUGAAGGAUCUUUUUGUUUUAACCGAUGAAGAACAUGCUGGAUCAACCGAGACUUCAAAUAUUUUUGGUCAACUAUCUGAGCAAGUGAAUGUAAUUAGCAAAGAAAAAGAAGACCAGCAAAACAACAAUUGCGCUGGAGCAACAGCUGCAUGUGCAGAUGAUAUGGAGUUGGACAGAGAAAAUAGCUCGCAGCAGGAAUUAAGUGGAAAUAAAGAGAAAGAAGAGGCAGAAAAUGGCGGAGAAGCUGAUGAAGAAACAAAUUUCUUAAAGAGUCUUUUUGACACACAUGGGAUACAUAGUGCUAUAAAUCAUGAUGCGAUCAUGGAUGCCCACGACGAGGAAAAAAUAAGGCUCGAGGAACAGGCUUCCCUAGUUGCACAAAGGGCAGCAGAAGCACUUCGUCAGUCACGAAUGCUUAGAAGCAAAGAGAGUAUAUCUGUUCCAACAUGGACAGGAAAAUCCGGGGCUGCUGGUGCACCUUCAUCUGUACGCCGGACAUUCGGGUCAACAGUCAACUCUCAGCUGGUAAGAAACUCCAGAUCAUCAGAAGAAGGUGCACCAAAAAAUGGUACGACAAAUGGGUUUGUUGCAGGAGCUCCUUCUGGUAAAGCAUUGUCUUCAGCUGAGUUGCUGGCCAAAAUUAGAGGGAACCGGGCUAGUGCAGUUGGUGACGGGCUUGAACAUCAGUUUGGUUUGUCUACAAACAGGGCAGGGUCCAGUGUAGCCGGGCCUUCACGGGGUUCUCAGAAUCUCAGUGUAGCCGGGCCUUCUCGGGCUUCUCAGAAUCUCAGUGGGGUACCCCCGGAAGUCUUGAUCCGGAAUAUCUGCAUGUUCAUCCAAAAUAGCGGUGGUAGCACCAGUUCUGCCACAAUAGUAGAACAUUUUAGAGAUAGAAUUCCUUCAAAAGAUUUACCCCUGUUCAAAAAUCUUUUGAAAGAAAUUGCUGUAUUAGAGAAACGCCGGAAUGGGUCGGUGUGGGUUCUAAAGCCCGAAUAUCAGUUGUCGCGUUCUUGAGCUGCAUCUGUGGAUAUCCUUUGGAAUGGAGCGAUCCAUUUUUUUUGAAGAUUGUCAUAAGAUCUUCAUAACAAAUCAUGUGUAGAGAAGUAGAGAGCUAACCUGUAGCUUUUCACAAUUUUGGCUAAGAGUAGGAAAUUCUAGGUGGAGGUUAUUCUUUCAAGCCAUGAAAUUAUUGCAUGGAAUCAUGGAUAUUGGAUGUAUUAAUUGUAAAUAAAUGUUGUUCAUAUAUAAAGCUAGUUCCUCAUAUAUUUCAAUUAGAAGUUCAGGGUAA